GCGGGCCGACCCCCGGAAGGCAGGGGAGAGGAAGAGAGGGGAAGGCUCGGCCGGGUUUGUGUCGGAGUGUUUGUGUGUAGCUGGUGCUGGUCCCUGGCCAUGUCGGGCGCGGAGCGGCAGCCGCCGGCGGGCCAUGUCCAGCUGGACAGCAGACCUGCAUUACCCACCACAGAUGGAAAUGAGAACAUCACAGAAGUAGAUGCAUUCAAUAUAAGCAAACAAUCACUUGAUCCUGCAGUGGAAUACAAAAUGAACCAUCAAAGAAGAGGAGUUGCAUUAAUCUUCAAUCAUGAGCACUUUUUUUGGCGUUUAACGCUGCAAGACAGACGUGGGACUAUGGCAGACAGAAUCAAUCUGAAACGCAGUUUGACAGACCUUGGGUUUGAAGUCAGACUUUUUGAAGAUCUGAAAGCAGAAGAUGUGCUGCAAAAAAUUGACGAAGCCUCUAGGGAUGACCACAGCAAUGCUGACUGCUUUGUGUGUGUGUUCCUGAGUCACGGUGAGGAUGAUCACAUUUAUGCAUAUGAUGACAAAAUCAAAAUUCAGAAAAUCACAGACAUGUUCAGAGGAGACAAGUGCCACAGUUUAGUAGGAAAACCAAAGAUAUUUAUAAUUCAGGCCUGUCGAGGUGAUAAACAUGAUGAUCCGGUCAUUGCUCACGACUCAACAGACAGCAGCAAUGAAUCCCUUGCCAACGAGACUGAAGUGGAUGCAGCUGGUGUGUAUACUCUGCCUGCUGGUGCAGACUUUAUCAUGUGCUACUCUGUGGCGCAAGGCUACUAUUCUCAUCGUGAUACCGUAAAUGGCUCCUGGUACAUCCAAGAUUUGUGUGAGACCCUUAGGAAGCAUGGAUCUUCCUUGGAGUUCACAGAACUUCUUACUGUUGUUAACAGGAAAGUGUCAUGUCGCAGGGUGGAUAGGUGCAGAGACGUUAAUGCUAUAGGGAAAAAACAGAUUCCUUGUUUUGCCUCAAUGUUAACUAAGAAGUUGUAUUUUCAUCCAAAAUCUAAGUAGGUUAUUUAGCAGUGAUGACCAUUACUAUUACUUACUGCAUAUGUAAAGAAUACUAUCUUAGUUGAGGAGACUUAAUAUUCUGCAUGAUUGUCUGCAAAAUCACUGGGAUCAAACAUUACAGUUUGUAUACCUAAUAGUUUCUAAAAUCUUAAAGCAGUUUUAAAGCUAGAAUUACACCAGGGAAUUAAUCUCAGGGAAUUUGGGAAAAGUUGAUUGGUGCCAAACUAUUAGAAGGUGCUCAUAUUUUAUUGAAACUGAUGCUCCAGACUACUUUUUUCUUAAAAGCUUCUUGGUUGAUGGCCAUCUAACUAUGGCACAUUUUACUAUUUCCAAAACAUUUCUAAUAUUACAUUAGAUUAACUUGUCUUCCUCCAAGAGCACAGUUUACAGGGAAUAUGUUUGCAGGGCAUCUUUUUAAAUUUGUGGACAGCAGAAUGCACAACUAUUGUUGUUUAUCAGGCUUUUUGACUUUUUUUUUUUAUUGCAACACUAAAAAGGAACUUAAUUUCUUGAGAACAAUUGUAGCAUUAAUAUAGGAUUAAUCAAGUAGGGUUGAUUAAUAAAAGGUUUCCUUUUGCUUGAAUAUAAUUUAUGCUUGGGGCACAAUUACAGCUUGCUGGUGCUUUGCAUCCUCAGGAGAAAAACAGCAGUAAUGAGACGAGACCAUGUGCAGCUUGCUCAGGGUGAGCUUGCCUUGUCCAUAUCUCUAAAGCUAAAGCUGCUGGACAUCUCUAGGCAGCUCUACAAAACAUAACAGAUGCAAACCUUUAUACUUCAGGCCUUUGAGGUGGAUCAGGCUUCCUCUCAGUCCUGGAGAAGAUCAGCCAUACCUCUGUCGCUGUGCAUAAAAGUGAUGGUGCAUAGUCACCAUGGGAUUGUUACUGCUGCAGCAUCAGUAAUUGCAGUGGUGCUGACUUGAAGCAAAUAUUUCUUUUUGGUUUUUUGUUUGUGUGUUUUGGCUUUUUUACAUUAUAAACUGUUCCUCUGAGGGACAACAGAGAACUGAAACUCAGCAAAGUGUCUUAAUCCACUUUCCUGGGGAAAAAAAUAAUUGGUUUACUGGCUCCGCUUUAGUUAAAUCUUUCCAUAUACUAUGUUCUGAGUCAUAGAUGUUGUAUCUUACUACAUCUACUUUUAAAUUUUGUAUAAAGCACGUACAUUUGAAUGUUUUGAUAAAUACUUUCAAUAAAAUGCAACGGUGAAAUAUAAAUGAUUUUAUAACAAGUUUGAGAUACCUUACUUUUCCAGCACUAUUUACUAAGAAAGCUUAAUUGUCAUGCUAAUGUAAACUUCACCUGUGGUGUUACAGAGUCAAUGCACAGACCAGGAAAAGGAAACAGUAAUUGCAGGAAAAGAAUCCUUACUACUCCAUGCAGAAGUUCAUUAUCCUAUGAGCUACUGUUGUGUUAUGUAAAUGGUACUAAAAAGGCUAUCCUUGUCU